AUGAGCAACGAACCCAACAACUCGACAGCUCCCGCAAAAAUGACAAAGCCAGCAGUGCGAUUCGCGGAUGUCGAACCCGUGGAGCUCACGCGCGAGGUGCUCGGAGAUGCCUUACUAGGUCCCGCACAUCAGCGCGAGGCCCUCGAUCUCCAAGUGUCCAUGAAGGAGCUGGGCGCCUUUCUGUGGACCCUCCUGGAACACCGUGACGAUCUCCUCAACGCCGACAUUACUCUAGAAAUCUUCGGCAGCCCGGAUGCGCACCCCACGCGCCCGGGCCCCCAGCUGCUCAUGUCAUGCACAGGCCUCUUCCAAAGUACCAACCUUGGUCUCCGCGACAUGUCGGAGCUAUGGGAAGACCUUGAAGCCGGGAAGCCAUCAGCCUUACUUGCUGUCAUUCUAAAGCUGCUCUCCUAUUUCGGAAACCUCGUCCAUCUAAACAUGAGGGAAUGCCGACUGCACGAGCUGCCCAUGUUCAACAUGCUCUUCAACGACCCGAAGGUAUCGCCGCUCGAUGGGCAACCAACGUGGAACAGGCCGCUGCACUGGAAGAAAGGAUACCCGGGCGCCGUACUCCACGAAGUUGCAGGGAAACUGGAGACGCUCCAGAUGCCGAUGACGUGGAGUAUCGCGUCUGCAAUAUCCUCGCCGCCGUACAAAACAAUGACCCCGAUCUGUCACCUUCCGGGCUUCAGCCAGCUGCGCGAGCUAGCUAUCCCGUACGCGGCAGUCAUACCGCGUCCGAAGACGAGUCUACGCGCAUUGCCGACUUCGGCGCUGCCUUCCACGUUAGAGACGCUGGGGAUCUUCGACGCCUAUCCUUCGCGCUUCCUUUCUGAUUUCCUGAGAGCGGCAAGGGUGGCGAAGAGGGAGCAUGGGAUGCUGAAAGCGCUAGAGAAGGUUGAGAUUCAUUGCAAUGACAGCUUUCCGGUGGGUGGCUAUGAUGAGUUGGAGGAAGUAGCGAAGCAUUCAAACGGGUUCGCGGAGCGUGAAGCACAUUACUUCCUAGUUAGGUUGGGUGCCGUCACGCAUGCGGUGGUGGAAGUAAACGAACACAUAUAUAUUCGGCCCUCAGAACGUUCGAUGCUUGCGGUAUACCCUUCACCAAGACGAGGCGAAACGAGAAAGAAAAUGGAGAAAGCUCCCCUAGAAGGAAUACCGAAAAAAAUCUUCCAGCAGAUAUGCACCUCUAUCUGCGGUGGACAGCAUGAUCUAUCCACCCAAAGAGACCUCAUCAACCUGAGUGAAAGCUGCAAUCGACUGGCCCCAGCCGUACGUUACGUAAUAUUGCAGCAUGUCAUCGUUGACAUUACGAGGUUAGGAAGCCUCCUUCAAUAUUACUUGAAAUAUAGGAGCGACCAACCGCAGGGGUCUUGCAUUCUAGAGAUCACCUCAGGCCCUGGUCUUCCAGUAGCCAACAUCCCGGAUGGGAGGCUCAUCAGCGAGUGCGAAGACAGGAUCUUUGAACACCAGUCGGAGGUUCAGAGCCAAGCCGAGUGGCUGAAUGACCUCGUAACUGGAAAUCUCGAAGCAUUUCUUGGUCUAGUGCUUAUGCAACCCCCGGGACUGACGGACCUGCGGCUAGGUAGAAGUCGACUCCACGCUUUCCCGCUCCUCAACAGGCUGUUCAAUGAGCCUCAGGUCGUCAUUAGACGCGGCGGGUAUGACUGGCAACGUCCCUCGCCAUGGAGUCGUAAUUAUCCAGAUGAGAUCUUCGACUGGAUCGCACCCAGGUUGAAAGCGCUCGAGCUGCCAGGCCAUUGGGAUAUGGUCCACGCGUAUGACCCCACCGGCGUCAGGUUAAUGCCCCGCGUAGCCACUCUCAAAGCCUUCACCUGCUUGGAACGCUUGUCGGCGCCUUAUGAUGCACUGAUUUCUUUGCCUGGUCUGCAUGUACCGAGCGGUGCCGUCCCUCAUGUUCCCAUUGAGAACUUUCCCCCGACUCUCCAGAUAUUGGUAAUAACCGAUGCCUCUCGGAACCAUAGAAUGUUUCAAUUCUUGGAGCAGUUGCUGGUCAAGAGGAAGGAGAAGGGUAUGCUUCCAGUGCUCAGCCGAGUUGAGGUAUGCUCUGGGAACCGGUUAGAGCCUUCCUUAGGAAACAACGCCGAGGAGGAUACCAUAGUGGCGAAUGGGAGGCGGCUGGGGAUAGAGAUAUGCUUCGGGUAA